CUGACCCAGCCUACUUAUAAACACUGUGUGCUAUUACUUGUCACUGAACACACACAUACAGCGACCGGCCAGGCAGUCAUCACUGUUUACAAAGCUACUGUUAACAUGGUGCGGAUAUGAGUUCACGUUUAGGAUAGAAAGAGAUCACCAGGAUAGACAGUAUGACAGAAUGGAUGAGGAAGAAGCUGAAAAUAAGAAAUGGCUUAGUGCGAGAAUUUCUUGCAGAAUUUCUCGGUACUUUCAUUUUAAUGAUUUUUGGCGAUGGUUCGGUAGCCCAGGCAGUGCUAAGUAAGCAGUCUGUGGGCAAUCACAUGUCUAUCCACUGGUCCUGGGGGGUCGGGGUGAUGAUGGGUGUGUACGUGGCCGGAGGAGUAUCAGGUGGACACAUAAACCCAGCAGUAAGUGUAGCCCAGGCAUGUCUAGGCAGGUUUCCAUGGAAGAAGGUACCACUGUAUGCUGCUGCCCAGUACUGUGGGAGUUUUGUAGCAUCCAUCCUAGUAUUUCUAGUCUAUUUCGACGCAAUAAACAACUAUGACGGUGGCGUAAGAGCACUGGUUGGUGAUAAUGGAACUGCAGGGAUUUGGUCCACCUAUCCUACCCCAUAUGUGUCUAUAGCAAACUGUCUGGGCGAUCAGGUUUUCGGUACAGCCAUACUAUUGAUCUGCGUUCUUGCCAUUACUGAUGAGAGAAACAUGACUCCACAUAAAGGCCUCGUCCCGAUCAGCAUUGGUCUGGUAGUCUUCGUCAUUGGUAUGACGUAUGGCCUAAACUGUGGUUACGCUAUCAACCCUGCACGUGAUCUGGCGCCAAGGAUAUUCACUGCCAUCGCUGGUUGGGGAGCUGACCCAUUUAGUCAUAGAUACUACACAUACUUCUGGGUACCCGUGAUUGGUCCACAUAUCGGCGCAGUAGUAGGAGCUUUUACAUAUCAGCUAUUCGUGGGAUUUCAUUGGCCUGAUGACUCGGAGGAACAUGAUCUGGAAAAACAAAACAGUAUGCGAAAGAGCCGUGAAGCUGUGUUCUCGGACGGCGAAGACAGAGUCCAUUUAAAUCCACCUGGAGGACUGGAAUUACAGGAAUGACAUCACUGCUUGGAUAUAGAUACAAAAUUUUAGAUUCAAAGACAAACUCAAUGAUGUCCGAGGGAAUAGAAGGGAAUCUCACACGGCAGCUCAUGUCCAGAUAGAUUGUAAUUGUCAUUAAUUAGGAUAAUUCUGACAUUAAGCAACACUAUUUGACAUCGCCUACGUCUUCUACAUGCAUUUAAGAGUUGAAAACUAAAUGGAUGCGGCGAACUCAUUGAUUAACCUUUGAUUUAUUCCCAAACACAAUAUAAUUUAUCAGUAGAUAUGUCUAGGGGUUUCUAAUGUUAUGUAUCAUUGUUAUUCUGGUUUCCAACAUUUUCUUGGGAAGCAAAUUGGGAUAGAUAAGGUAAGUUCUUAUUAAUUUUGCUAAGUUCGCGAGAUAAUUGGUUAUCAUUCUACAUCAAACGGCGUCUGCUUAUACUGAAAUUAUAAUGUGAUUGCUUUGUCAGCUAUAGAAAUAUGUGACCCACAUAUAUAUGUUAUAUUACUCCAUCUCCUACUAAUGCGUUGCUAUUUUGUUGGAUUUGUGGGAUUUUAUGUUAAUGUUCAGUAAUAGUAAGAGAUUACUAUGACAGUUACAACAGGUGAUAUCUUCUAAAGUAAAUUCGACAUCUACUGCCUAACCUGAACUCUAUGUUAUUUAUGCAUUUAAAGUUUCAGUCAUUUUGAGAGGUUUAACUGUAGUCAAUAUUCUGAUGAUUACUAUGUAUGUACAUGUCAGCAGCCUUGAUUAAGACCUACGUGUAAUAUAUCAUACCUGUAAUUACGGCAUAGUCAUAUUCCUCAAUGCUCUCCUAUAAUAUGGAUUAAUUGAAACAUUGUAUCAUGUAAUUUAGACAUUUCUGUUCAUGAAAUUCAAUAGUUAAAUGCAGUGUAUCGAAAUUAGUCCGUUUGUCCACAAACUACAUGUUAUAUUUUUAUGAUCAUGUUUUAUCUGGAGUGUCUAGUCUAGGAAUCGGGUAUUUGUACCAUGUUAGAAAGAUAUGUUUUUUGUAAUACAUGUAUACUUGUAUCUACGUGUAGUUUGUACGUAAAUGAGUUUUCGGCAGCUUAUAUAUAUUAUCAUGGUGCUUUAAACGUGUACUAGUUUGGAAUCCUAUUUGAAUUGUAAAUACCAAUACACAACGUGCCUUAUCCAACAGAACUAAUUAAUAUGCAAAUAUAGAUAUAAAAAAUAUUUGUGGAAUAAGUCCGAAAGGUAAAUGAAAAUCGAAAUACUGUAUAGCAAUUCCGUUAUUUUCUAGGUAAUCGCUAAUUUAAAUCUUCCGUGAAUAUUUGAGAUUAAUUUCUCUAUCAAAAUACAUUAAAUUGUAACAACCUUUUAAUUGCGAUUUAAGAACGAACUCCCGAAUAAAAUCCAUCAGCACAGCUUUGUGUAAUAAAAUUACACAUGGAAAUAAAGAUAAAAACAUAGUUUAAAGAUGAUUUAUUCAAUAUACAACAACAUUACAUAUAUAUUGUAGUAUAAUCAAAUUACAAUGGGAUGGGAAAACAAGCUUAAAGCGUGUAAUUGAUUCGUUUCCUAUUUACAAGGAUGACAAAUAAAUCUUCGGAAGUGGGACACCUUGAUAUGAAAUUAAUAAUAACAAAGUUUAACAUUUUACUUAUAUAAAUACACGAACUAGCGGUCCGACACAUACCAGUCAUGUUCUAUAAGACGUACUUUCCGAAGCCUUCGUAUGUCUUCUAUGUUAAAUCAAAAUAAGAAACAAUGUGAAUGAACUCGUAUUGCGAGCAUAACACGAAUACGAUUUUGACGGCACUAUAUUACAAUAAAGUCAAUUUUAAAGUUUCAGUUAGAUUUCCUGCUAGACCAUUAAGGUCACAUUACAAGUGCAUAUACAUCAUGUAUCAGUAUUCCUAAGGGUAAAGAGGUCAAGGCUUACUCUAAUCUAGUUCUGUUUCCAUAUAGAUUUGUCCAUCAACAAAUAUACGUCGAAAUGUAUUAAUGAUAGAAAUUACAAAGUGAGAGUCCACAUAAAUGUCCCGAUAUGCUGCCACGAUGCCAGCUUUGUUUGAAUAUAAAGGACUGGUACUAAGAGGAGAGCGAACAGAUAUAAUAAAUGGCAUUUUAUAGAUUGUGGAGGUGUUACUGAGGUUUGUUAUUGUAACAACGACGGAACCUGAGAGCUUGCAUUGUUGAUCAACUGAUCACUUUCAAAUAGUGACAGGUAAUAUAUACUAGAGUAAUACAUUGAAAAACAACAAACAGGUUGUCCAUUUGUAUCUAUUCUAUAUACUCUGAGAUUACUACCAAGAAAUGUAGUAUCGUUUUUAGUUUUAUGAUCACUAAAUAUGAUAUUACCUUAUCAAAUUUUCAUAUACAGCUGUCUUGUAUAAAAUAAAGAAUAUAUGAAUAAA